AAUCAUUUCUUCUACGAACCAAAAUAUAAAUACGUGCAUGAUGUUUUCUAUACCAAAGUAUAUUACCCAUUGGAAGCUUAUAAACAAGUUUAACUUAAGGACUUUGUCAAACAGUUUCAAAGGAUGUUGGAAGUGCAAUCAUAGUGAAACCAGUAACAAUUUUUUUUGUGCUUCAUGUGGUGUAAUACGUGAUAUUCCUGCGAACGAAGAUUUUUUUGAUUUGCUGAACCAGAGAAAACAGUUCAAAAUCGAUCUACCAAAACUUACGCAGCACUUUCAUCUAGCGCAAAACGCAGUACAUCCGGAUAAGUUCAGCCAAACAUCUGACAAAGAAAAGGAUCUCGCAUCAAAGUGGAGCUCCCUUAUCAACAAAGCCUUUAAAACACUAUCUAAAACAACAGACCGUGGCAAAUAUCUGUUAAAACUUAACGGAAUUGUGAUUUCUGAAGAUAAUUCGACUAUAGACCAAGCGUUUCUUUUGAAAAUGAUCGAGGUCAAUGAAUCGGUCGAUGAAGCAGAAACAACGAAUGAGCUGGAGACAAUACGAAACAAUGUUGCUCAAGACAUUGAUGAAUUAACUGAAGCCCUUGAGACGUUUUUUGAUGUCAAAGAUAUGGAGGCUGCAAAACAAGCUAUCAUUCGUUUGAAAUAUUUACAAAAUAUUGUUGAGACUAUAAAAGAAAAGAAAUUACGCUUCAGUCUUACCUAGCGCAAUGUUUACAUUGUUGAUAGUAAGCUUCAGUCACAGUUUGACAGCGCAGCAGUGUGGUUAGCAGUGCACGGGCUUCCUGAAAUAGGUUAGCGAGAAGUAGGGUCAACCUGGCCGCAUGGUCGCAGUCAAACUAUGACUCAAACAGAAAAUCAGGAUAAUAAUAGAAAAUUAGUAUAUAUGGCUUUAGUAGCCGGUCCUAAACUCAAAAGAGGUCUAUGUAGGUCAAGCUAGCUUACGAAGACCCAGGAAGAUGGAUUCAAUAGUCGUGCUGGAGUAAAUCCUCUCUGAAGAAAAAAAAAGAA